AAUAAUAAUACUAAUAUUAAUAAUAAUAUCGUACAAUCAUUUAACAAAAUGUAUUCAACUAUAGAUCACAAUAGCAACAAUAACAGCAACAGCAAUAGUAAUAAUAGUACAGUAAAACUACCUUAUAAUACAAUGCCUUCUAUAUCAGAUAGAAUAUACAACAAUAAAUAUCAACCUGUUUAUCAGCAACCACCUUCGAGUAAUAAUAGAGAAACAACAGAUGUGUCAAGUCCUAAUAGCAUGGAAGAUGAAAUGAUGCAAAAAAAAAGCAUGCAGGAAAUAUUUGAGAAGAAGAGACGAAGAAGAGAAAGUCACAAUGCUGUAGAAAGAAGAAGAAGAGAGAAUAUAAAUGAAAGAAUAAAUGAAUUGGCGACACUAUUACCUGAUAGUAGAGAAGCCAUCAAAUCCAACAAGGGAACUAUCUUGCGAAAGUCAGUGGACCAUAUUCGAUAUUUACAUGAUAAACUAAGACAGCAUCAACAACGUAUACAGGAACUUGAGAGCGCUUUGGAAUUAUAUCGUGUCAGAUUGGGUCAGCAGAUGAUGCCACCACCUGGUCAUCCUUUAGAUUUAUCUGCAAUACAACCACAUUAUCAUCAUCCUUCACUUCCUCCUCCAAGUAAUAUCAAAGAUAUGUAAAGCCAUCUAUUCUAUUUCCCCUCUCUCCUUUUUCUCUUUGCUACGUACUUUUGUGUAUGUGUGUGUCCUUUUAUCCAUUAGUCCAUUAUUUAUUGUUGUAUUUCGUAUUACCCAAAAUAGUAUAAAACAAAAUAAAAUUAUAUCCCAAAUAAUACUUUUUUCUUUUUCAAGUGAAGACAAUACAAAUGUGUUCCUUAUAUGAGAAAGGGAGAGCACUUGAUUUAUGAACCGACGUCAAAGAGAAAAGUAUACUUUUUCAAUUGACAGGUUGCUCCCUCUCCCAAAAAAGCUCAGCAGUCUGAAGUUUUGGAC